UAAAGUCGAGAGCGGAAUGAUCUCGAUGUCCAGCGGAUUUGCAACAAUGUUGCGAAAAUGGAAAGUGACGUCGCACCGCCGAAUGCCCCACCAACUAGAUUCACUUAAUUCAAUAAAAAACGCUCACAUUAGAGCGAAGUGGAUGGCGUUCUGUUUGGAUGUCGACAGUGCAGUUUGAAAACAACAUUCACCGCAGGCGAUCGGAAUCGCAAUCUCGGCUCGACAAUAAUGCCUCGUGGCAUCUGUAAUCUUCAUCGGAUCGUGCUCCUCUGCCUAUGCUUUUUGAUUUUCGGCGAUCUCAUCUACAUAGCCGCCCAAAGAAGCACUGCGGGAAAGACGGAGCGUCGCAACUACACGGGCAAAAAACCCGUGGUCAUCCAGCACCGAUCACAGGAUGCAGUUAACUAUUAUGAUCAUGAAAAUGGCGCCAAGAUCAUAAAGUCUUCGCAUUUCGAAUUGGAUUACACCCUGGGACGCAAGAUCACUUUCUUUUGCAUGGCUCAAGGCAAUCCUCGACCGACCAUUACCUGGUUUAAGGAUGGCGCAGAACUCUACCAGCACCGAUUCUUUCAGGUACACGAAUCUCAUAUAGAAGCGAAUAUUGUUAAAUCCAAAAUGGAAAUCGAUCCAACCACCCAAAUGGAUGCUGGUUUCUACGAGUGUCAAGCGGACAAUAUCUACGCCAUCGAUCGUCGAGGUUUUCGCACGGACUACGUUAUGGUUAACUUUUAAAAAAAACCCACUUUUCACCCAUUACGAAACAGUAAAGCUGAGAUCUAACUAUAAACUACAAUGCUUUCAAUACAAUUAAAUAAAAAUAUUUAAAAAUA